AACUCAGCAGCUCCCUUUGUCUCACUUCAUCUAUUUCUAAAACAGGAAUGCCAGCUUGGAUAUCCUCUUGUCAUACCUAAAAACAGCUCUUCAGAAAUUAUCACAAGUCUGCCAUAUUCCUGGUCAGAGAGCAGAGCAGCGUUCAGAAGAUGCUAACUGGUUCAGGAGAAUUGCAUGGAACUCUGCCCUUCAGUGUGAGCACAGUCCUGUUCGGAUGAAGGAUUUCUUUCUUCUCUCGUUUCAACUUUCACAGCUGUGUGCUCCAGACCGAGCUGUGUUGAUGGGGCAGAAGACGUGCCUGCUGAUGUCUGCUGCCGCCUCUCUGGAGAUCUGCAGGAGCUCUGAUCACACUGAGCAACAGACUGAGCUGCUGACCCAGACUCUAGAAAACAUUCAACUCUGUAAAGAGAUUUGGACCACCAUCAAAACAUCAGGCAUUUCUUCUCAAGACAAAACAGACUCAUUAUUGCUGCUCUAUGAGUUUGAGGCUCGGGCCAAAUUAAAUGAUCCAAAACUGGAGACUGUGCUUGAAUCAGUUUUGGAGCUGGAUAACAUCGAGACCAAGCUGUUAGAAGUGAUCGCAGUGCUGGCAAUGGAACCACCAGCCCAUUACCCGGUACUUUGUAAGAAAGCACUGAAGAUCGCUCUGUCUCUGCACAGAAAACAACCACAGGUGGACCUCAUGCGCUGCAGUAACUGUUUACACAGCCUGAUUCAGCUGAGCCUGCCGAACGGUGUGUCCGAGGUUCAGCCUUGCGUGUUGGAGGAAGUGUGGGGCUACUAUGAGGAAGCUCUUUCCCUCAUAGCAACUGCAACCGAGGACUUUCCGGAGUUGGAGAUCCUGUGGCUGCUGACCCGAGCGUGGAAUACAGGAAUCCUGCUCUACAGUCUGGCCCAAUACCCUGAAGCAGAGAGGUGGUGUGGGCUGGGAAUGAGCUUCUUGAGGUAUCUGGGCUCUCUGCAGGACAGCUAUCAAACUCAGAUGGCGGGUCUGUACAGUGAGGUGUUGGACAGGCUGGAUAAAGCCAAGAAGAAUCUCAUUAUUGAGGAAUGAAUGAUGGCGGAUUCAGUCGCAGAUGGAGAUCUCAGGUCUGACGGCACGUGUUUAAUAUGUAGUGUGAAUUUCUCCGAGAUGCUAAGAGAUGUACAAUUCAUCUGAGGGUUUGUUUGCACAGUUAUAAAAUGGUUCCAAAAGUUGCAUUAAUUUAAUCUGAAGUAUUUAAUUGGCAGGUUUAUUUUAUUACCUGUCAUCCGCUUAUCUGUUUGAGCUGUCCUGGGUUGAAACAUAUGCAUUGCGAUACAAAACAAAUAAAAAUGCAUGCAUUGAAAUCGUAACAGAGUCACAUAGUUUAUUUCCAAACAAAUAAACUCUUGUCCAGUCCAAAAAGAAAAAAGAAAAGAAAAACAAAAUCAACAUAAAACAAAAUAAUAGUAAAUGGUAGGACUGUGUUCCCUCCUGACCAGGAUAUAAAAGAGCGGUUUUCCUUGUGUCCUGAUAGGCUGUACCACCUGUAAUCAUGGGGAGGACACUUCUGUACAAUCAGAGGGUUCAUAUUUGCAAGCACUUACUGCACAGGUGUGCUGUCACAUCAAAAACUCAUCAUCACUCAAAAAGACAAAACCAGACCCCUUCCCUCCCCAUUUGACGCUCAUGCCUUCCAUAGCACAGACCCUCAUUAGUACACCAGAGCUGCUCUCAUUCAAUCCACUUCAGUAGAAAUAUAGUACAAUGAAUUCUUUGGGCUUCACCAACAUGGCUGACCAGCAUCAUUGGUGCGAACGGUCAGCUGCGUUUCCGCUCGACACCGCAGAGGGCCAGAUCUACGUUAAAUGAGUUAUUUAUGCUUCUGGUUUACUUUAAUAUCACUCUACGGGUUGCUGUCCGCAUGUCUCUUUAAAUAGAUAUUUAUAUAUAUAUAUUUAUAUAAUUUUUUUACAUUGGUUUUUCAUCUAUACACUCAGACAAGUUCCACAAGAUAUCACAAGUAGACAGGCCGUAAUGUAGGGAAGCUAGUUCCCGACUCGCUAAAAAAAUGUUCCGAUAGGCAGCUGAAGAUAGUUUCUUUUCUAUAGAGAAAUAGCAACGUUACGGCACAUUUGUAUGGAAAUUAAUUAAUCUCAGAAUAAAUUCAAAGUUUACUUACCUGACAUUUGUGAUUUAUAAAAACAUGUUUGUCCCAGUUGUAUCACACAUGCAUGAAGCACAAGUGAGGGCCGAUAUUUACACUUUACAGCUAUCAUACCCAUUAAAACAGUCUGUAAGCAGUUUAUAAAUGGCUCUGUUCCCUUCGAUUAUUCCCUGAACUCUGGUUUUGACACAGGUAUGACAGCUGAUUUCGCAGAGACGCUUGGCAGGUGAGCGCACCUGUUUAGAAAAUGCCUGUGGGUCGGGGGCGGGAGAGAGAAAGAGAGAGCGGCCACAGGGAUAGAUAUCCCUCCAUUUACACGGGAUCCAGACUUCUCAAUACAGAAACAAAGAAUCGCCUUCUUGAGGGAGCCAAGAGACUGAAGGAAGUACUUCUGUACCGGUGAGCACCGUCCCGUUCCAGCACAAUCCCGUUCUCUCCGGCUGAACACUGAUGUAAGACACAGUGCUUACAAAGUAUCAAAUAAAAAAAGGACUAAAUAUUUAGAAUACACAAGUAUAAUAUUUCAGCAUGUCUGGGUGUUCAGGUAGAGGAUUGGAAAUCAUCCCUUGAGUUCAUACUCUACUUGAUCACAAUAUGAUUGCGGCCCUUUAGUGGCUUAUCGAUAAAAAUAAAAAAAAGUUUUCCAUCAGAUUCCUGAGCUCGCCGAGCUCGCCCGGCACAAGGCUCAACACAGUGGAGUAAACAUCAGCCCGGAAAUAAAGUCGAAGAAAAAAAAUCAUUUAAAAGCUGUCAUUACAAAGAACAGAUUUAAUCAAACCAUCGUCGAGUUCUUGGGGAAAACUGUCAAUUUCAGGCUCCACUAACGCUUUAAUAUUAAGAAGGACAUCCAAUACAAUUAUUGUCUUGAUUCUACCCGUUUUAAGGCUGCACUCCAGGGCAGCUAACAGGACAGUACCUUGUUACCGUUCAGUCUGAAGAGAAUAUAGUCAUGGAAGGCAGAGGAAGUGCAAGUGGGCUGUCUGCUUUUCAACUCCAAUGGUGGCCGAAAUUGGAUUUUGCUUAAGUUAAAAAAAAACAAACAAACAGCAAAG